GUUCCUCUUUACCAGAAACCUUCUUCCCAUCGCUCAUGGAUUUUCUUACCAAGGGUGCGAGUCUAUCUACGGGACCCUAGUAAAAAAGACAAAUUCUAACAUCAGGACGGAUUCACUUUGUUCCAUCUUUAGGGGGUCACCCCACACUCCCCAUCUGUCUGCGGCACUCAAUAUCUGGGCAAAAUGAACCGUAAGGACAGCAAAAGAAAGUCCCGGCUGGAGUUUCCAUGUCAAACUCUGAACCAAAAUGGGGCAGGUGUUUUGGCCAAGAACCGACCUAAACAGGACCGACAGAGGAGAAUGACAUGUCCCAGCCCAGCUGAAAUAAACAAAGUGAUGAUAACGGUCACUCUAGACCAGCUUGGGAAGGGCUGCAGCCUUCAGGAACUGAUGGAGAAAUGCAUUCAAUCAUUUGACCCAUCUGGAAAGCUUUGGCGAGAUGAGAAGGUGGUCCACAUGAUCCUUGUCAUGCACAGUUGGGUUGUUCCAUCCUCUGAAUUUGCACAGAAGCUACUUCAAUUAUACAAAGAAACCACCCAAAGUCAAAGGCUUCAAAUCUGUCAUUUACUCAGGUUCUGGAUUAAGCACUACCCAGAGGUGUUCCAGAGAGACAGCAAACUCGAGGAGAUGAUGUCUGAAGUUCAGGAGGCGAUGAAAGAAGCAGGAGGCCAGGGUCAUACAAAGCUCAUUGAUACCCCACCUGUACUUGACCAAGACAUCACAGAGAAGAUACAAAAGUCACCUAGUUUUAUCAAGAAGAGAAAAGUCUCUUUGCUGUUUGACCACCUAGAGCCCAAGGAAUUAUCCGAUCAUCUCAGUUAUCUGGAGUUCAAAUGUUUCUGCAAGAUUUCGCAUUUAGACUACAGGAGUUACACCCUACAGAAUUCCCUUCGAGAGAUCCCACAACUGGAGAGAUCUGUCAACCUUUGCAACUGUAUCUCCCAGUGGGUCCAGCUUAUGAUCCUUAACCGACCCACUCCUCAACAGAGAGCAGAAGUCUUUACCAAAUUCAUCCAGGUGACGCAGAGACUACGUAAGCUCCAGAAUUUUAACACACUGAUGGCUGUGAUUGGUGGUCUGUGUCACAGCGCCAUAUCCCGGCUGAAAGAGACCCACAGCUGUUUGUCUCACGAUGUUCUGAAGAUCCUGAGUGAAAUGACAGAGCUGCUGUCUUCUUCCAGCAAUUACAGCACGUACAGACGCGUGUACAACGAGUGUGAGGGAUUUAAGAUUCCUGUGCUUGGUGUGCAGCUUAAAGACCUGGUGUCACUAAAUGAAGCUUUGCCAGAUUAUUUAGACAAUGGAAAGAUUAACAUGAACAAACUGCAGAGUCUGUAUCAGCACAUAGUGGAGCUUCUUGAACUGCAGAAGAAGAAACCACAAUUCCACGCUAACAAGGAUCUAGUGCUGCUACUUACAUCUUCUCUAGACUUGUUCCACACGGAAGAUGAGAUUUACAAACUCUCCUACUCAAGAGAACCCCGAAGUCACAAAUCUACGUCCACAGCUCCUGAAAAAUCCCCUACGGAGAUAGCCCAAUGGACUCCAGAGGUUUCUGUUCAACUCGAUCCCGAGACACUCAGAAGCAACAUAGAGCAGAUGGUUGAGUGUGUCUUCAAAUUCUAUGACUCGGAUAAAAAAGGUCACGUGUCCCUGGAAAACUUUGAAAAGGUAGUGGCUAGUCUACCAUUCUCAUGUCAUGACCUGGAGAAAGACAGAGCAGGACCAAUCAGUCGCCAAGAAAUGACCUCUUAUUUAAUGAAAGCCAGCCGUAUCUGCUCAAAGUUGGGAUUCAGCUUCCUUCAAAGUCUUGUUGAGACUCGGGUGAAAAAAUCUCCAUUGUGCACCAGCUGCAUAUGGGCAGUUGCUAAUCAAGUUUACGUUUGUGGAGGUUUGGAUAAGGACAUAAUGCUAAGCUGGACAUCUGACCCACUGAGUCCAACAAGUCACAAAACAGAUACAAAUGAGCCACCAGAAAAACUCCUUUGCCAAAAAGCUUCACAGACUGAUGAGAAUUUAAUUGAAGAAAGGUCUACUUACCAUUCACUUGUAAAAAGUCUGGAUCAUACCAAAACCUGUCACGGGGAAUCCUUGCAAAAAUCUACAUACUCCCUAGACCAUCUAAGUAAGCUAGAGAAGGAGAGGGACCAACUAAUGCUGGAGAACGCUGGACUUCAUUGUGCUAACUCACAGCUCUCAGCAGAAAACGCCAGACUGCUAAGUCACAUCUCCGCAUUACAGGAGGACUUAAAAGCUCUAAACCUGGAACCUAGGACACAGCCUGCGGUGACGCGCAUCUUAGAGUUCAUGGAUUCUCUCCAUUUACAAUGUGACCGGAAUGCUUGAUUUUUGCUUAGGGUCCGAAUAUCGAAAUUUCAUCAAAAUGCAGUGAAAUAAUGCAAAUAAUAUUUUUUUACUGCAAUAUAUGUAUCUCUCUUACGUGUCCAGAACCUGGUUAAGCAAAAUAAACCGCUCUCAAGCUUAAAUUCUUUAAAGGGACAUUGAACCCAAAUUUCUCCUUUCAUGAUUCAGAUAGAGCAGGCAAUUUUAAGCAAAUUUCUAAUUUACUCCUAUUAUCAUUUUUUCUUCGUUCUCUUGGUAUCUUUAUUUGAAAAAGCAGGAAUCUAAGCUUACGAGCCAGCCCAUUUUUGGUUCAGAACCCUACAUUUAGCCACCAAUCAGCAAACGCUAUCCAGGUGUUGAACCAAAGAUGGGCUGGUUCAUGAGCUAACAUUCCUGCUU